AUGGCCCAGGCCUGGGCUGAGCUCAACGCCGAUUCUGACGCCCUCGUGAGUCGCGUCGGCAACGCCAUAUGCAAGAGAACUACCAUCACCAACAGGCUGGGUGUGGAGCAGGACUUCCAGCUCACGGAGAUGAUGCUGGCACUCCUGCUGGUGAUUGACGCCAUUUCAAUGAACAAGCCCUUGCCCGUCGGCAAACUUCAACGGGUCGCUUGCGUUAACGCUCGGGUGUACGAAUUUGACGCUGCCAAAUACGCCGUGUGGGGUGAUCUGAUAGCAUCGACACUCAGCGAAAGCUUCGACGGCUGCACUCGCUUUGAUUUCCUGCAUCAUGUGGUGGCAUUCCUUAGCCAAUUCCUCGAGCUUUUGCUUCGCCUCAGUCACGAUGAAGUGCUUCUGCCUGAACCGGAACAGUGCCCCUUCCGCGAAUACCGCAACAGCUCGUUGAUCCUGGAACUGCCGAGCAGUGCUCUGGCGGUGCUGAUCUUCAGUGACAAUGGCACCAUCAGCACCCAGGCCUCCGAGCCCGCCACCCCGCCUCCGCCUUCCAAAAAGGCCUCAAGAUCUCUGUUGAGCCCACGCUCGGUGAAGUCGUCUUCCAAAAGCGCAUCCAAGCCUACCUCCCCGUCGAAAGCUCCUUCUAGCCAGAAGUCUGCUUCUCAAGCGUUGACUCCCACGAAAUCGUCUCCCAAAUCACGGAUCCGCCGUUCCGCUUCCCAUGGUUCGCUUCAAAGGCUCGCGUCGUUCCAGCCUCCAACGGCACCCCUCCCGCUUUACGCUUCGUUAACACGUAGCUAUACCAAUAAAACCUUCACUCUGAAGUCGACCACUCAGAAAUCAGUGUCGGUAAAGCAAAUGAAGGCUCUGGUGUGCGAGCCCACCGAACUACAGGGAUCGCAUGUCGACGACACCUUCGAUAUGAUCAACUGCUUUGACAUUCACCAAGUUGACCUGAAGGCGACCCGCAAGAAGAAGAGAACUGACUGUGUCAUCACCUAA